AUGUCGAGUACAGACCAUUUCCCUGUCGCCGACGACUUUCAGCGUCAGAGCGAUGGGUUCAUGCAGUGGCUUUCUCAGCAACCUGAUGUGACAAUCAGUCCCAAAAUCCAAGUCCGAGAUCUCCGUCAUCAAGGCUCUGGCAGAGGCGUUGUUGCACGUAGCGAUAUCCAGGAAGGAGAAGACCUUUUCCACCUCCCACACCACGUCGUGUUGAUGGUCAAAGCAUCUCGACUGAAUCAAAUUCUCGUUGACGAACUGAAAAAUCUCGGUCCCUGGCUGUCACUCGUCGUCGUCAUGAUCUACGAAUAUUCGCUAGGCGAGCAGUCCAAGUGGAAGCAAUACUUUCAAGUGCUCCCAUCAAAAUUCGACACCUUGAUGUUCUGGUCCGAUGAGGAACUCUCUCAACUUCAAGCCAGUGCUGUAGUCGACAAGAUCGGAAAGCGGGAUGCGGAAGAAGAUAUUUUCGACAAAGUAUUACCUGUCGUUCGGGCACACCCAGACCUCUUCCCACCCGUCAACGGCGUCAUGUCUUACGAUGACGAUACAGGUGCACAGGCAUUGUUGGAACUGGCACAUCGUAUGGGCUCACUGAUCAUGGCUUAUGCUUUCGACAUUGAAAAGGCAGAGGAAGAGGAGAGUGAGGGGGAAGACGGAUACUUGACAGAUGAUGAGGAGCAAUUGCCGAAAGGAAUGGUUCCUUUGGCAGAUUUACUUAAUGCAGAUGCUGACAGGAAUAAUGCACGUUUGUUCCAAGAAGACGGGGCGCUUGUCAUGAGAGCGAUCAAACCCAUCAAAGCCCGCGACGAAAUUUUCAAUGACUACGGCGAAUUGCCUCGUUCAGAUCUCCUUCGUCGAUACGGUUACGUGACCGACAACUACACCAAAUAUGAUGUCGUCGAACUGCCCCUGGCCGGCCUCUGCCAUGCUGCUGGGUUUGACAACAUUGAAGAGAAAGAAUAUCCCCAGCUCAAACUGCUCGAUCAACUGGAAAUUCUUGAAGAUGGCUAUUGCGUCUUACGCCCAUCCGCCGAGGAUACCCUGCUCGACAUACUACCAGACGAGCUUCUCGCUCUCCUGAAAACCCUAACCCUCGAUUCCGAAGAGUUACAACGUUUACUCUCCAAAAGCAAACCCCCUAAACCCAUCAUGGGAGCACGUGAGGCUCGUGUGUUGCUCGAAGCAGCGCAAACCAAACUAGCCCAGUAUAGCACGACGAUACAAGAAGAUCAAAACUUGCUUCAGCAAUUUGUCUCGUCAUCUAUACUGCGGACUAGGGAACGUCGUCGCUACCUAGCUGUUCAGGUUCGUCUAGGGGAGAAAGAGAUUCUGCAAGCCCUUUUGAUGAUGCUGCAGGACUUUUUGACUGCUGAAGAAAAGGGGUCCGGUAAACGUGCGGCGGAGGGUACGGGUCAGGAAAAUCAGAAGAAGGCGAAGCACCGUCAUUGA